AUGCACCGACAGGACGUCAGCGAUGGCGGCGGGGGCAGACACCUCACGACGGCUGAGGUGCUUGACCGCACGAUGGAUCAGUGCAUGCAACGCGGUCUCUUCGACAGCGCGUCGUGGCUGGGACAACUCGCACUAGACGCCACUGACAGUGUGCUGCAAGAGACUAUCCCUGCCUCCUCACCCGUAUGUGUGGCAGUGCAGGAUCUGCCGCUCACGGGGCGUGCCCACCGCUACCACGUUCUUGCACUGGCCCUCGUCCAGAAGGGUGAGUACUUGCGCUGUCACCACUUACUCAACACCGCCCUAAAGGAAUACACCGCAACAGCAACAUCAACAACGGCGGCAGCAAGGGAGGAGGGUGAAGCACACGCAAAGGGGGAAAAACCCUUGCCGCGCGGGGGCAGCCGUUCCACAUCACAACAGUCACAACAGCAGUCGCCUUCGUCUCCAUCGGCCCCACCACAAUUGCAGUUCUUGUGUUUGUACUCGUUAUACAUGGCGGGAGAGUGCAUUAAAAGCACCAGCAGCAACCUACGCAAGAGUAGCAACCCAAACCUGCUUAUGUUGCGUGGGCUGCUGCUCACUGCGCUUGAACAACAACGACGUUCGUCAUCAACGCCGUCGGCAGCUUCACUCCCAAUGCGACCGUCUUUAAAGGCGGAUUCACGGUCGUCGCCGAGCAUGGCGACUGGUGUAGUCGGUGGUGCAGCGGCGUACGGCGACCCGUUCCUCUGCUGGCUGCACGGCGUCGUGUUGCGUGAGCUUGGCAUGAAGCAGGAGAGCGCCACGUAUUUUCUGGCGGCCCUCUGUAGUCACCCCAUGCUCUGGUGCGCAUGGGAGGAUUUGUGUACGCUCGUCAGUCGGGAGAACCAGAUUGAGGAGAUAGAGGCGAUGAUCGCCUCUCUGGAGCCGCGAUUUAUGCCGGAGAUGUUUUUGGCCUCAGUGAAGGCUGCGCUUAACGUUGCACCGCUCUCAUUUGAGCCCGCAUCAGUUGCAUCUGCUGCGACUGCUGCUAAUGCCCCUGCUGUCUCGGGGAAACGGAGUACGAGCCCGCACCACAGCAGCUCCUCACCACAACCAAAGAUGGAGCACGAUUACCAACGGCAGCACCCUCAGCAGCGCCGAGGCGAUGGCGCCGCCUCUCCUAGGCUUGUAAACUCCUGGGAGGUGCUGCUGGAGCAGUUCCCUAACAACCCUUUCCUCCUCUCGAGCCUUGCGGGUUACUACUACAACGUAAAGAAGGACCUUGAAAAGGCACAGACGCUCUACAAGCGGUUGCAUGAUACAGAUCCAUAUCGCCUAGAGUCGAUGGACGACUAUUCCAUUGUCCUCUUCCUCCGUGGUGACCGCAUUGGCCUGAGCAGCCUCGCACAGCAGGUGUACCACAUCGACCCCUUUCGCGCCGAGAGCAAUUACAUUGUGGGAAACUACUACGUGCUGAUGGGCGCGCACGACCGCGGCGUGCUGCAUUUCCGCCGUGCGGUCGCCGCCGACCCGACCUUCCUCGCCGCGUGGACGCUGCUUGGGCAUGCGUACCUAGAGACGAAGAACAGCGCGGCCGCCGUGGAGGCGUACCGUACCGCUGUUGACCUUGACCAGCGCGACUACCGCGGGUGGUACAACCUCGGCCAAAUCUACGAGCUGCUGCAGUUCUAUCACCACGCGCUGUACUACUACUGGCACACCACCACGCUGCGCCCCACUGACCCGCGCAUGUGGUCAGCCGUCGCGAACUGCCUUGACCGCGAGGGGCGUACCAGCGAGGCGAUGUUGUGCCUCGAGCGUGCGGAGACGUACGAGAGCCCAGCCUCCGACUUCUACCCACCGCUCGUGCGGCGGCUGGGGAUGCACUACUUAGACACACGGCAGGUCGGGCGCGCCAUCGCGUACCUGGAGAAACUCGCCACGGCAGAGGCGAGGAAACGAGAGGACGUGCUGCUGGCCGUGCCGCAAAUCGUGCCGUACUACCUACAGCAGGCACGGCAGCUGUUGGACGUGCCUGCGCGUUCGCCAAGCUACGAGCCCCCGCCGCCCUUCGCAACCGCGUCGGCGAGUGCCGGCAGGCAAUCGCUGCCGUCAGCAGCAGGCAGCGGCGGUUGGAGUAGUCUCGCUGAUCAGUGGCGCACUGCCGACGCGGCGCUUCGGCGUAACAUCGACGCGCGCUGGGAGCAGGCCGCGGUGUGUCUUGCAACGUCGGAGAGCCACUUAGAGAACCUGGCGGUCGCACUUGGCCUACCUAACGCCGCCGCCGCCGCUGCCGCUGCCGCUGCCGGGGACAGCACCGUGAUGGGCAAAGGCACAGACUACGGCGCAGCUGGCGGUGGUGUUGCCGGUUCCGUCAUGGAUGAGGGGAGGAGCCGUCACAUUUCGCACCUUGCCCGCUACUACCGUGAGUUGAAUGCGGUGCGGCACUACCUGUCUAGCCAGCAGCAGCAGGUGGAGGCGACGGUGCGGGCGCGGGAGAGCGAUGAGGUUCACAGAGAGUGA